AUGUCCCCAAAAGCCGAAAAGAAACCUGCCUCAAAGGCUCCAGCUGAGAAGAAGCCAGCCGCCAAGAAGACUGCCUCUUCUAUGGAUUCCGGAAAAAAGAGAUCCAAGGUGAGAAAGGAGACUUACUCUUCUUACAUUUACAAGGUUUUGAAACAAACACACCCUGACACUGGUAUUUCUCAAAAAUCUAUGUCGAUUCUAAACUCAUUCGUCAACGACAUUUUCGAAAGAAUUGCCACUGAAGCCUCAAAGCUUGCUGCCUACAACAAGAAAUCUACCAUUUCUGCCAGAGAAAUCCAAACCGCUGUCAGAUUGAUCUUGCCGGGUGAACUAGCCAAGCACGCUGUCUCUGAAGGUACCAGAGCUGUGACCAAGUACUCUUCCUCCACUCAAGCUUAA